CGGCGCGUGUGGAGUGUGUGGCGCAGGUGAGGCUGUUUAUACAUGGGCUCCGCUCUGUUUACUAGACACAGUAAAGGAGGCGGCUGCACAACCCUGACGGGGGAUUCACAAUGAUCACUCCGGCCUUUGACCUCACUCAGGAUUCUGACUUUCUCAUCAUAACCAUUAAAGUUCCCUAUGCCAGGAUAUCAGAGGUCGACCUCUACAUUGAUGGAGAUGACUUCAAGUUCUACGCCAAGCCUUAUUUUCUCAGAUUGACGCUGCCUGGGAGGAUAGUGGAAGAUGGAAAACAAAAGGCCACGUACAACGCAGAAGAUGGUAUUUUCACUGUCCAAGUGCCUAAAGAGACCCCAGGAGAGCAGUUUGAGGGCCUGAACCUGCUGACGUCCCUGCUAGCACCUAAGGGAGCACGGACCUGUAAACCUCUGAUUGAAGAGAUAGGUUCUGCAAAUGAGGCCCUUGAAGACGAUGAGGAGGAAUUUGACUGGCAGAUCGAGCAGACGCCCUAUGAAGAGCCGUCCAGCGAUGCCACUAAUGCACAUUGUGGCUAUGGGUUUGGGAAUUUGCGGGUCGGCGUGUUCGGGCGACUCCAGGAGGAACUGAACGAUGUUAUUGACUUAAGAGAUCCAGACGUCACCCCGACCUCGGAGCGCACGCAGAGGCGUCUGGCAGCUGAAACCGCCAAGUUUGACCCCGAUCAUUACCUAGCGGAUCUCUUUGAGGACAAUGCCAUUCAACAUUUGCUGAAGUACAAGCCGUGGUGGGUGGAGGUCCAGAAGGGAGCAAGCGGCGCAUCGCCUGACAGUCAGGACUCCAGAGUAAAAUUUACAGAAAAGGAGAAGGAACAGCUGAGAAAAUUCACGAACAAGUCGUAUUUGCUGGAGAAGAAAAGCGAGCAGGCGGUGUACCUGAGCCUGAUCGAUCUGCUGCUGGCUUACUGCUACGAGGUCCGCGUUACUGAAGGAGAGAGAAAUGUUGAGUCGGCAUGGAACAUAAGGAAGUUGAGUGGGACCCUGAGCUGGUUUGAGAACUACAGGUCAGCCAUGGACGUCCUGGUGUCAUUUGGGAGACGCGCUUUGUGCUAUCCACUGUAUAGAAACUUCUGCCUGGUGACCAAGGCGAUAGAGGACACCUGCGCUCUGCUCCGACUCGGUAAAGCAGCUAUCCUGAAGUGUCUGCUGGACAUCCAUGCCGUAUUUCAAGAGAACGACCCCGCCUACGUUCUUAAUGACCUGUAUAUUACAGACUACUGUAUCUGGAUUCAGAAAGUCAAAUCUAAGAAAGUGUCUGGCUUGUUAGAUUGCCUGAAAGCGACGGCCGUCUCCAAGGCAGAUCUGGGCCUUGAGCUGGAAGAGCUGGAGGAAGCUGCCAUUUUGGUUCAAGAGGAAGAGAAACUGCUGGAGGCGUUAGACGAAGCUCCCCGACAGCCGGCAGCGCAGGUUACAUCCGAGGCAUCGAGCAGCUCUGACUCAUCAGAGACUGAAUGCACCUCGUCAGACGAGGAGGACGAGAGCAGCAGCGGUGAGGAAAAUGAAUUGCAAGACUCGUCUGAGACCCUCCAAGGGGAGACGGCGGCACCUCUCAUACAGGUUGUGGACAAUACAGCUGCCGAUACGGAGUCUCAUCCCGGGGUCACAUCUGUUCCCUUACAAGCACCGAUGAGCACAGAGGAGAAGGUGCAAGAGGCAAUUACCAGCCCGGAGACUCCCAACAGCCACCGCCACGCUCCUGCUGUUACCACGGACAAGUCCCAAGACCAGAACACAGCAGACUGUACGCCAUGUACUGAACCAAAGCGUCCGACCAGGGAGUUCUUAGAGGUGGAUCUGGGGAUGAUGAAUCGUCUGCACAUUGUAGGGGUACAGGAGGAGGAGGAGGAGGGAGAUGAUAAGCUGCUAUCUGUGGGUUAGUCUCCUCUGGAUGAACGAUGGAUUUAUACUGUGACUAUUUUAAUGCUUCAUCGUAUUUUUUAUAGAUCAGCAAAAUCAGUGUUAUCUAUUAAAUAGAUGGAUACCUGAGAACUGUUAGUGAGCGAAGCAUGUUCUAUCUGAUUUAUUACACUGUAAGUAAGAAAUAUUUCUCAUCGCUCUCUUGCUCGCUCAUCUCUCUCUGUCAUCUCUCUCUUACUCAUCUCUCGUCUUUCUCGUUAACCUCGCUCGCUCACAGCUCAUCCCUCUGGCCCGCUCAUACUUGCUCACUGCUCGCUCUCUCUUCUCGUUCGCUCACCGCUCUCUCGCUCGCUCACCGCUCGCUCUCUCUGCUCGCUCGCUCACCGCUCUC